GCUAUUUAUUUCAUUUGUACAAUCUCUAUAUUUGCACUUUCCAAUGUCUGUAGCCUCUAAUCAAUCUAAAUAUUGCCAGUUUCUACAUCUCUCUCAUAUCCAAUAAUAUUAUGAACUUUGAAAGUAUAGCCAAAUGUGAUCAUCCUUGGAAAAUGUUUCUCAGUUAACAUGUGUUGAUUCUAAAGGAAGUAAAACUAUAAGAUCAAUAGUUCAUUUUCAACCUCUAUGGAGAUGCUGUGGAACAAAUGUCAACUAUAGUUAGCAAUGCCGUCUGAUACAAUUACAAGUCAGCUUUGUCUGAAAACUGACAGUAAUAAAAUUUGUUUUCUUGGGCAGCUGAUGCAGUUUUCAUUCUUGCAGAUAACCAGGAACACUUGAUGAUGAUGGUAUGCCCCAUGGGUUUUGUAUAGUUACAUAUUCUUCCACAGACAGAUUUGAAGGAAACUUUGUGCAUGGAGAAAAGAAUGGUCAUGGAAAAUUCUUCUUCUUUGAUGGAAGCACACUAGAAGGCUUUUAUGUUGACGAUGGUUUGCAAGGCCAAGGAAUAUACACCUAUGAGGAUGGAGGCACACUUCAUGGCACUUACAUUGAUGGUGAACUGAAUGGUCCAGCUUAUGAAAAUGAUGCUGAUGGACGAUUGGUCUUCAAAGGGCAAUACAAAGAUAAUAUUCGGCAUGGAUUUUGUUGGAUUUACUAUUCAGAUGGUGGGUAUCUGGUUGGACAAGUUAAUGAAGAAGGAGAGAUGACUGGAGAAAAGUUAGCCUAUGUAUACCCUGAUGGGAAGAUGGCAUAUUAUGGACACUUCAUAGAUGGUGAAAUGAUAGAAGCAAGAUUGGCAAAUGUUAUACUGACAGAGGAAGAAAAAAUACAAUUUGAUGUUAUACCAGGCAGCCCAGUUUACAGUUUUGAUAAAUCUACUUCAUCCUGCAUUUCUACGAGUCCACUUCUUCCUGACCCUUAUGAAUCAGAGAGGGUCUAUGUAGACGCAUCUCUUAUUUCCAAUGCUGGAGAAGGUUUAUUUACUAAAAUAGCUGCUGAAGCUGGCACAGUUUUAUCUUUUUACAAUGGCAUACGAAUUACACAUCAAGAGGUGGACAGCAGGGACUGGUCUUUGAAUGGAAAUACAAUAUCCCUUGAUGAUGAAACUGUCAUAGAUGUACCAGAACCUUACAGCCAUGUAACCAAAUACUGUGCCUCUUUGGGGCAUAAGGCAAACCACUCAUUCACCCCAAAUGCUGUUUAUGACUCGUUUGUUCACCCUCGCUUUGGACUGAUUAAAUGUAUUCGGACAAUUCAAGCAGUGGAGAAGGAUGAAGAACUAACAGUGGCUUAUGGCUAUGAUCACAGUUCCACUGGACAAAAUGGCCCAGAAGCACCAGAGUGGUAUCUGGCAGAACUAAGAGCCUUCCAAGCUUCCUUGAAAAAAUGAAGUGCAGUUUCCCUAUUCAGCACAUUGAAUCUAUGCACUAUCUUUGAUGCUGGAAUUGGAGCAGCCAGUGGUUGAUCAUGCUGUGAUUCUUCAAUACUUUUUCCUACAUUAGAAAGAGUGGGAGCCUUUUUGUUUUGUUCCUUGCAGCCUAAUAUGCUUCAGCCACUCCCUUAAAAUAAUAUUUACAUUUGUAGUUAAUAGUGCAGAAUAAAUUAUUGAAUAUGCUACACAAGGAAGAGUGGCCUUUUAUUUAUUUUUUGGCAAUUAGUCUGCAUCAGCAGCUGUCAAAAUAUAGAAAGAGAGCGUUUUUAAAACCAAGGUUUUAUCCAUACUGUGGUUUCUCUGAUUCUGCGCAACUACAUUUUGUAUUUGCCAUAUUGUGGUGCUAAUAGAAUUGUGCUAAGUUUGGUAUCUAGAAAAGCAGCAUAAUUUCAGAAUAUUGCUUUAGGGCGUUUUCUGUUUUGGUGCACAAGAGACCUCUCUUUACAUUAUCGUCUUCUUAAAGUCAGCACAAAUGUUUAAACUACAGUGUCAAGGUUGGUAAAAAGAGGAGCCAGAUUGUUGGGGACAAUAUGCUGACUCCAUAAACCAUCUAGAGAGAGCUGUAUAGCACUGUGAAGUGGUAUAUAAGUCUAAGUGCUACAUGUCGGUUUUUUUAAGGCUCUGAGGAUAUGUGCCUGGAAGACCAGAGCUGCUAUAACUUUAAUCAUGAUAAUCACAUUUGAGUGACUUCUGUUUGCACAUAUGAGCAUUUUCUACUACUUGUUUUUGGUUUCUUACACUGGAGAGCAUAAUGUCAAUUUGUAUAGAACAAAUGAAAAGGAUAUAUACCAAGAAAUUCCUUGUUUGCUAAAUUUGUCUUUUUCCUGCCUUUAAUUGAUAACUUACAGAAUCCUGGAAGCUGCCACUACUUGUCAAAGGCAGAUUUCUGUAGAGCUAGGAAAGUAGUUGAGGAAUCCUACGUUGCAAACCUUUUAAAAAAACUGCAGAGUAAUUCAGAGGGUUACGUGGAAAACUCAACCUUUUUACUAUGAAGCAAAUUAUACUUGAGAUUGUCAGUUUUAUGGGAAUCAUGAAAGCACUAUUAAUCCUAGCUAACAUUUAAUAAUAUCAUGAGAAAAAAAGUAAACUUUCAGGGAUCUGAUAGCCAGUUACUGGCAUUUCUUAAACAGAUUUUCAAAUAUGUGCAAUAUAUGUUUGCAGAAUAUUUGCUCUGUAUUAUACAAGUAGAAAUGUCUAUUUGCAGUGUGUUUAUUUAUAUAAAAAUAAAUACCACUGAACUCAGUGGGACCUUCUUUGAAUGUAGAGGAUCACAUUGCUUGUUUUUUAAUGCAGAAAAAGGACUCUGAAUAUUAUUCUUAUCUAUAGGCUGGAGAUUCUGUUGAUGAAACUUUGAUUUGAUUAUUUCACUAUUUUAAAUAUGUAAUAUUGGAGUCCCUAAUUACAGCCUUUAUACUAUGUAUAUUUUAAUUUUCAGGUUAAAAAGAACCAUUUUACUGCCAAAAUAGUUUAUGUAAUUUAUGUAACAAUUUUGAACUAUUCUUCAGAUUAUAAAUUAGCAUUACAGAAAUAAACUACUAUUUUAUUGUAAGUAACAAAGCUAGAAACUACAUAUUGUAGUCUCAUAAGGAAUUAAAUCUAGGAUACUGCAUAGAGUAGAAGCCAUAUAGAAACUGGUCAUGUAAAAUGUCAAGGAAAAGUCUACUAAACGUUACCAAUGGGAAACCUGCAAUGCACAGA